AUGGGGGGCAUCUGGUCGACCAGGCUCAAGAAGGCGGAAGGAGGACUCUCCUCUUCCAACACGCUAGGCAAAGGCUACGGUGUUGGUUUUGCUGUCCAUGACCGGAAGAUCGCCAAGGCGUACUACGACUCGAUGGAGCUUAGGCCGACGCCUGGGAAAGAUGGAGCUAGUACGGUCAGUUUAGCCACCUGCUCUGCUUCGUUACUCUGCCUGACAAACUCUUGGUGGAUCAAUUGAUCGCGAUGUUGCCACACUCUCUGCACUAUCUUUCCACUUGCUUGCGGAGCUGCGACGACGGCAUGUGGUUGGUUUUUUAUAUGAAUUGUAUCUCGAGUAAGGAACCCAUAUAUAUAUUAAUAUCUAGUUACAUGCAUGCAUGAUAUCAAAGGAUUGAGUUGUGCAUGGUUGAUGCUACUGCUCUUCUGGGCAGACGUGCUGAAGAACAGGUGUCUGGGAGGAUCCAAACUUCUGAAGGCUCAGUUGAACAAUUCUGUCCUGGCAUUUAAGGCGAUGAAAGCCAGUUUACAAAAACUUUGGGUGUUGUUUACUAUAUCUGUUCAUGUUGUGUUGGGGGAAUCACCCUGACAAAGUACAGCUUUAGAUUUAGUUGGCCCUUCAAGCUGAUCGAUUUGUGAAUCAUUCAUGCAUAUCCAAUCCCUCACUCACAUUAAACUAGGAUGUUCCAAGUAUUAUCAGGAAAAACGAUCAUUCACCCGAAAACGAAGGCAAAACAAAUCAGCCUCAGGCUGUAUCUUGAAGGUUGAGAAUGCAUAUCUGCUAGGCUCAUAGAAACUACAAGAACACGCGGAUAAAAGCAGUUGGGUUUUGUUCCUCAGCUAUUCAAACAUGAUAAAAUGGCAUUGACACUUGCCCUAGCACAUUCUUAAUAAUUUUCUUCCAAUAGAAGGUCCUUUCGUUGUUACUUACCUGUGAUAAAUUUUUUUUUAUGGAUUUUUAGAUUUUUCAGCUUCCCGGUAUGGUCAAUCCUUGCCAUGUUACCCAUGAAUAUUAUUUCUGUGCUUCAUAUAACGUUAGAUAUAUGAUACAUGUAGUUAUUAUUCAGUUGAAGUUUAUUAUGCUUAUUUGCACUAAAUCUUCAUUUGAAAUCUCUAAUUAUGGUAUUCUAUUGACAUCGAAUAUUAACGACAGCACUACAUCAGAUUGUGUUUGAAAAGAAAACGUAAGAUUUUAGGGAACAACAUUUAAAUAACUUGAUACAUCCACCGGACUCAACAUUCAUCUCUACAUCUCAAAACUUUAUCCGUAUUUUUUAAUGGGAAACAAAACCCUACAUAUAUAAUAUGUAUGUAUUUAUAUUACCGUUGUUCUUUCUGAUCAUGGAAUUUAAUGUAGGCCCCACAAAUGACCUCCAUCUUGGGAAGAGCUGGAACUGUCGGUCUGGAGAAGGCUGUUGAAGUCCUAGAUACGAUUGGAAGUAGUAUGUCUAAUUUGACAUCGGCAAGUGGAUUCAUGUCUGAAAGAGUAUCUCGAGGAAACAAGAUAUGCAUCCUAUCAUUUGAGGUUGCUAACACAAUUACCAAGGGUGCUGCAUUGAUGCGAUCUGUUUCCCAGGAAAACCUCGAGUUCCUGAAGAACAAAAUUUUACUUUCAGAUGGUAUACAAAAAUUGGUUUCGAUGGAUAUGAAGGAGCUGCUGGCCAUUGUUGCUUCAGAUACAAGGUUAUAAAACGGACUGUAUCUGCUGCAGGGAUUGAUGUCAUUUUCAUAACUAAGUGUUUUAAUAUCUUAUAGUAUAUAUGGAUUUUAAUUGCCAAUAUCUUUUACUUCAUGAUACAUGUUUUUCUUGUGCAGGGAAGAAUUGGAUGGCUUCUGUAAGGAAGUAAUCAGAUUUGGAAACCUAUGUAAAGAUCCUGAGUGGCACAACUUGGCUCGGUAUUUUCAAAAGUAAGGUAGACAAAAGAAUUGUGAGUUUGUGAUUGAAUCCAAAAUUAGUUUGUUGCAUCUUUCUAACUCGUAAUUCAUGAUUGGAAUCUUUAGAUUGUUCUCAGAUUCCUCCCCUCCACAGUUGCAGAAGGAAGACGCUGAGGCAACAAUGCAACACUUGACGAACUUGGCCCAGCACACUUCUGUAAGCGCUUCUUAAAGAAAAAAAAGUAACGAAUUAAUCGAUUCGAUUCCUACUGAGAUAUAUCUUUUAUCGCUCUCUGAAAAUCAAUGGUCCUCGGCAAUAAGCUUUGCUUAUAUUUUGUUGUUUGUAUAUUUAAAUUACCUAUUCGAGCUCUAUGUUUGCUUCAGGCAAUCCCUGUUUUAGUUGGAGUUUCCACUAAUCUAAUAAAUUUUUAUAUCAACGGAACAGAAAAUGCUAAAAAAACGGAUUCUUAUGAUGAUCUAAUUUUCUAGGUUGUGUUUCCAUCUCUUCCAGUAGUACAGAAGUGUGGCCUUUUAUCCCAACAUCAUCAAACCUGGUCUGAAAGAAAUCGAUAACAAAUAAACAGGCUGCAGAAAGCAUUAUGAAGGGACGUUCUUGUCUACCGUACCUUGAUUUGCAUACAAUUAGUACUUAUUCUUCUAUUGUUAAAUAUACAGCAUCCAAUUGCUACCUUUAUUCCCACACACAGACGCCGACUAAAACCAUAUAUCUAUUUUGAUAUUUUCCCUAAAGAAAGCCAAUCUGGGAUUUUCCUUCUCUUUCACUUAUUUUAGUGAUUGAUAAAACAAAUAUUCAUGUAGUUUUAAAUUUAGCUUAGAUUUUGGUGUGCAAGAGGGAAUUAUUGUCUUGCUAAACUAAGUAAUUGCGCAAAAGCAAAAAGAAUGAUGAUAAUUUUGUUCACAUUGUUAAGAUUACAUGAUCUUGUUAGUUUUUGUUAGAAUUACAUGAUACUCUUACUUUUUCCAUAGGGAGUAGUUAGCUGGUCUUCAGACACAACUUCUGGCAUAUCUCUAAACUCCAUGUUUUAAUUACGAUUUUUAAUAUCUAGGAUCUGUACCAUGAAUUUGAUGCGUUGGACAGAUUUGAACAAGACUAUCGUUCCAAGCUACGGGAAGAAGAGACGCUGACAGCAGCUCAACGAGGUAAAAAACGAAAACACGCUUAUUCCUUAGCUUCUAUGAGGGAGCCUGCUUUGUUUGAGUCAAUCAGGUCCAUGUGAAGUGUAGCGAAUUUUCUAAAUUCAAACCCUUAGUGUGCUUGAAGUAUUGGAUUUUAGCCUAGGCCUUGGCUUGACUCCUCGGCCUUACAUGGAAACCUGUACACCUAUUGGAGCUGCUGAAAUUGUAGUACAUUGUAGUUUCAAAAUUCGUUCAUGUUUUCUCCAUUACAAUAUUAUGGUAGACUUGGAUUCAAAAAUUAUCUGUCCUAUUGUUCAGGAGAGCACACCAUGAUCCUACAAAGUGAGUUGAAACGCCAAAGAAAACUAGUGAAAAGUUUAAAGAAGAGAUCACUGUGGACAAGAAACUUGGAAGAGGUAAGCUUUACGCACGUAUAUCCUGAAGACACUCGAUUUGUUUGCCUAUUAGAUUUUCUUGGUCAUCAAAGGUUCUAUAAGUUAUGAGUUCAUUAUUGGCAAUCUGCUGUAAAAACCGUAAAUUCCUGGAGAGAGCUAAUGACUGUUAAAUAUUGUGCACAAUACAAUUAUUUUCCAUAUAAAAAUGUGCUGCUGAUUGUAAUUUUCUCUUGCAAGAGGGAGGCUUUUUCCUGGAACCUAAAAUUGUCGGGUGCCCUUUCCUGCAUAAAUUUGACUCUUGGUUGCUUUGGAAAUCAUUGUAGGUCAUGGAGAAACUUGUAGACAUCGUCGCUUUUAUUCAUCAAGAGAUUUUGGAAGGAUUUGGCCCGACCGGUAUGUCAUUUCGACAACAAUCUCAAGGGAUUUCUUUCGUGCAAAACAUUUUGUUUCUAAUUUGAUGUUUUCUUCAAAUUUCGUAUUUGUCCAAUUCGUGUGUCUAAAUUCAUAUCACUGUUAAAUCUUUCAUCACAAUGCUUAAACCCACCCUUUUGUCGUACUUCAUACCGAAAUGACAAUAUUUUAUGGUGAGAUACUACUGUUUCUGUCGGAAAAGGAUACCUACCUCGUUUUUACUUAAUAAUGAUACGCACAAGCUCGAGUUUCAUAGAUAGUCUAUCUCCUUGUAUGGAUUCCUUGGGUUUGAUGGCCAAUCUUUCCUUUGGGGGAAUGCUCUUGUCGGAAUUAUCACUCUGGAGCCAUCCGAGUGUCACUACAGGAUUAGAACCCCAUAUUGUUUUGCCUGAAAAGGAGUUGGAUGAGAAAUAGGCGAGAAUAAGGUAGCCAUGACAUUACGAAUGAACAUGUCACUGAGGAUGGAACUCACUCAUGUAUGGAGAAUAAAAGGAGGAAGCAAAUCUGGAGUUCUCACUGUCAAAAAUAGACAGUAGUGGAUGGCUGAUCUUUUUCAUUUGAUGACCUGCUUUUGUAGGAGACCUCAAUUUUUUUAUACUAGUGAUAGAAUAAGGCUAUCUUUGGACCAUGUUUUCGUCAGGUUAUAUCUCAUGGUCAUCUCAUGUUGUAGUUAAACUCAUGUAUAAUAUUUUCCUCCCAUCUGUAUGAUUGAUGUCUGCCUAAACUCGUCCCAAUCAUAGGAAUGGCCUGAAGCGUAAAACUCUAAGAUAAUUCCUUGGCGAAGGCUCAAUCUCGCAUGAGUUUUAUUGAAAAACCUUUUUUUUUAAUCCUCUUUUGGCACCUCCAGUUGAUAAACCUACAUCUACUAAGUAAUGACUGGGAUUAAGAUUGGAUGCAACCUCUGAACGAGGAUCAGCGGAAUGUAUUAUGAUGAAUCUCCUAUUGUUUCUCUUGGAUUGUUGUCUUAUCUUCUACAAGGAUCAAAGUCUCCUAGGCUAAUGUUACUCGGUGAUUAUGGUCUUUUCCCGCACAAGAUAUGGACUGCUUUUCUUGUUUACCCUCUACAAGCGUUGAAAAUGUACUCCAAUUCUGACAGGUAUAAAUACAGCUAAUUCAAGGGAAGAUCCUGCUCCUCCAAGAUUGGGCCCUUCUGGUCUUGCUUUGCAUUACGCCAAUGUCAUCCAGCAGAUGGAUAGCAUUGUGAGUCUGAACUCUCCUGAACCAUGGAUGUCAGUUCCUUUUUGCGCGAUAAAAUAAAAACAUACUACUGCUGUUUCUUGGAGAACGAUGUUAAACUAGAAAAAAGUAGCUGGCUAUGUCUCCAAACGGAAAUUAUAAACCCUUGCCUCCAAACGAAAGUUUUGGCUAUGUCCAGCACAAAACUUUAUGGCGGCAGGAAUCUCUGUGGAAGGCAACUUCUCACAAUCUGUAGGAUGUUACUCUUUUAUGUUACUACGGCAUGCUUUCUGGUUUGAAUCAUAGCAUUAACUUAUUGCCAUAUCGAGGGCCUUCUUCAUACAAGAGAAAGAUUAGGAUGUGAAAGAACUUUGUAAAAUCAUUAGCCCACUUGUACUAGUGCGAAGGAAUGGAAUAAGUUAUGGAAUGAAGUUUUAUUAUCUAAGAAUGUAUUUACAGAGAAUGAAAAGUUGCGAUCUGGAGCCUGAAGCCAUGUUUUUAACUCAUUAACAUUGGGAUGGACGGGUGCAUCUCUUGUACAUCGAGUUUGCACAUAUUUAAGGGGAUUAGGGAUUUUAGAUUAAAGAUACACAUGAUGAAGAAGGAUUGGUGGCAGACAUCUGAAAAGUAUGGUUAUUUCAUGCUACAUUCCUGUAUUUAUCAAAUUAAAAUAGUGAAAAGUAUGAAAAUCUUCUCGAUGAGAAAUCUCAAUGCUGAGCAUCAACUUGAAACAAGAAACUGGAAAGGAAAGAAGCUGGAAUCGGGCCCUUAUCUCCUUUAUAGCUGCAUUUCUCAGACUGGGCAUGAAUUUGCAUCUGGUGAUGUUUGUCUUCUUUACCUCGCAAAAGCUUCACAUUGUGUGUUUUCUUACGGACAACUGUUAAAACAUCUGUAGUUUUCUGUAAUUUCUAGCCACCAUUAUCAUCUUGAUCGUACCACAAGGAUUCUUUCUAUCCAUUUUUGUUUCAAUGGGAAGCAUUCCUAUGUUCUGAAAUUCUAUGGUUUAAAUACUUACCCUAUUCAUCCAUCCAGGUUUCUAGACCGCUAUCUCUCCCUCCAAAUAUGAGGGACUCAUUAUAUCAGGGAUUACCCGUCUCAGUUAAGGCAGAUUUACGUUCUCGAUUGCAGACAUUUCGUGUAAAAAAUGAGGUACUCCUAAACUCAGGUCUCUUGUCUUUAUGUGGCAUUUUCAUUCCUACAGCAUGGCUUUCAUAUUUUCCUCUUAUAGAUCAGAUUUCCCAACCAAGUAGGGAACUCUAUCCCCGUCCAGCUCGAGAAGUGAGAAAAUAAGAUUUGGUUUUACUAAUUUGACUUUGACUUUAAGGGGGCCCACCUUUACAGAUUUGAAACCUUGCAACUGUCAGAUCAAUUAGCACCGAUUCGGCAAAUCAUGCACCCAAAUGCCUCAAUCAAACAAAGUCAUCCAUCCAAAUGCCUAGCACAUAGUAGUAUGAGAGGAGUCAAAGUAUGGAUCUACGUUCAUUGGUAUUUGCCCUUCUAGUUGAGGAAAUCACCUAGAAUCCACGGUGCAGAAGUUGACCACAUAAAGGGUUACUUCAGACUAGAGACAAAAUAUCUGGGUCCCUGGUGCCUAGUCCCAUCUUUUGAUGUUAAAUUGAUCAUCCCCCAUAUGAAAUGAUUAUAUGUGUGCCAAGUACCUCGCAGGGGUUCGAUGGGUCUCCCACGCAAUCAAUCACCUCUCUUGUGCUCUUGUGAUUGUGAAGGCUUAUUUGCACUUACUGCAGAUGACUGUUGCUCAUAUUAAAGCUGGGAUGCAGAAAACCCUCCAAUGGCUUGUUCCAAUGGCAGAAAGCACAGUCAAGUAAACCCUUUUAUGCCGCAUUAUAAUCUUAUGAAAUUUCUCAUAUACAGUAAAGUUUAUCUGCUUAUUUUUUCCUUGCUGUCAUGAACAGGGCACAUCAAGGCUUCGGAUGGAUUGGAGAGUGGGCAAACAUGGGGUUCGUCUGCUUUCACUCCUCUGAUAUUUCUCCAUUCGCCAUGCGGCAUCCCAGUUCUCAUUGAACUGCGGGCUCCAGUGACAGCCGCCGCCUUGACGGGCGCGCUUUUGUCCUGCAAUCAAUGCCUGACGUUGGUUUUUUAUCUCGCAGGGCCGAUCUUAACGUGAAGCCGUGCCAGUGUCGUAGUCUGAUCCGCAUUCAGACACUUCAUCAUGCAGAUAAGGAGAAAACUGACGAGUGCAUACUCCAGCUAGCAGUCUGGCUUCACCACAUUGCGAUUCAAGUGAAAAAUAGAGAUUUUGGGUUGAGGAAGAUCAGCAAAUCUCUUCGAUAUCCUUGCCAGGGCGCGUGUUUAUCUCAUGGAACGAAGCAAGACCCCAACAUCCCUUCCGGAAACAACCCUCUCGCCUUCCAGCUCUCUGUAGAGGACAGAGAGAUAUUGGAAACUGUAGUCUCCGAGAGGCUGGUCCUCGGAAGGAGCAAAAGCCAAGGAUACAUCCCAAAUCAGAAGAAAGCCAGCGGGUGGGAACGCAGCAGAAGCUGCAGCGACUCUCCGUGUAGAGGGUGCGUCGUUGGGGCGGACUCCCUCCUGCUCGGAAGAGACGAUGUUCUGGACAUAGUGGACGGGUUGGACAGCCGAUGCCCCCCCGUUCCCACCGCUCCUUUCUACGCAUAA